AUGAACGAGCCGACACCUUACAGCCAUCGAUUCCUAGCUUGCGAGGACGCCGCAGCACAUGGAAUGAGGCAGGCUGCCCAUGUGCUCAUCUGCGUUGCGCAUGCCGUUCAAAAGACGCGGGUCUUGGAGCAUUGUGCGGCCAAUCACCAAGGUUUGGGGUUGACGGCUCGACGUUUCCAGGGCUCCUCGUUGCGUACAACGGUGCUGACCAGGCACAGGUUCACCAAGGGUGACCGCGUCGAGCCAGCAGCGGAAGGAGGCCAGAAACGUGUGGAGACAUCGCGAAAGCGCACCAUCCUCUGUGGCGGUGCACUACUCGAUGGCACCCACUUCGUCGCCUGUCCGGAGCGUGUCCGAGUCCGAUGCCACCAAGGCUGGCAUAGUUCUGCCGCCUUACCGCUGGCCGCCGACCACACGUUCGGGAGGCUGUCGGGCUUUAGGGCAUUGCCGGGCCAGGAUCUUUUGCUGCCUGCCUGCGCGCUGCCGCUGCGGCUGGCGCCCACCUUGCCCGCACAGGAUGGCAGUGUACCUAGCGUGAUCCAACGUGCUAUCCAUGAAUGCCUGCAACCGGCUCAGCGCGAGCUCCCGGAGCCUGGCGAGCGGAUCACGGUUCCCGCCGCGCUUGUUCAACGUCCGCGAAACCGAGUAUGGCUGCCACCUCGCGCACCGCCCGAGCCGGCGCUGCUGCGCUCAGCACAGUCUCGGCCGCUGCUGCCGCAUGGCUCGGUCGCUCCUCCGGAUGGUGGGCAUGGGGACAUGGCUGUGGCACGACCGUCGAUGUCUACGGCGAUCACCAUGCUGUUUGCUAACUUCGAUGUGCCGUGCGUCGUGCCCAUCCAGUUUCAUGUCAGCAAGACGCACAUCCAGCGCCACCCGUGGUCUAUAGCUUCGCGGCAAACUCUGGCAAGAGCGCCCUCAACGCGAUUGGCGCGCGCAGCAGCCAGAGCCUUGGGUGCCAGUCUCCUUGAUUUUUCCUUCGCCGGCACCGCGAAUGUGUUGACGGCGGCCAGCCCCUGCUCAACGAGGUCCUAG